GUCGUUCUGCCGAUGGACGCGUUCCCGUCGCGGCUCCACGAGAUCGUCCUCGAGUGCGUCCGCGCCGCGCAGGCUGCGGAUUCCAAGCGAAACGUCCCGGACAUGCGCCCUACGACGGCGCUGGUGAAUUUUUACAAGGAGGGCGCGCGGUUCAAGUGGCACCGCGACAGCGAAGACCCGGAGGUGGCGCGCGUGGACGCGGGACCGCCCAUCGUGUCGUUCACCGUCGGGCUCUCCGCGGAUUUCGCGUACAAACGCCGGUUCGAGGACGAGACGCACGACGUCGUGCGGCUGAACAGCGGCGACGUUUUGCUGUUCGGCGGGCCCGCGCGGAUGAUCGUGCACAGCGUGACGCGGGUCGUGCCGCGGACGAUGCCGCCGAUGCUGAGGGGGCGGAUGUUGCACGGGCGGUUGAACGUCACGGUGCGAGACAUCGGACGCGGCGUGAUCGACGCGAGCAAGUUUCCGGCGUACAGGGUGACGUACGGGGGGGUGGACUCGAGCGACCACGUGUAGGUAGAGGGGUAGACGUAGACGUAAGAUGGAGGUACUGUACUGUAGGGGGAGAGGCGACGCGACGUAGGAGCUCGUGCCUUCGAAGGGAGUGAUCGACGACGAUACUCGUACCCGAGGAGAAAUUCGCCGAGUUACGCCGCCGUACGCUC